AUGUGCCUCUAUCCGUACACACACGUGGUCAACCCCAGGACUGGCGAAACGACUACUGGAAGCCAGCGAACCCGCAGGCAUGCCGAGUUGGGGGCAAGGAUCAAAGUAGCUGUGGCAAACGCCAGCACCAUUCGCAGCAAGAAGAAGAACGAGAAGCGUGCGGUAACGAGGAAGAAAGCGUGCGAGGCGCGGAAGGCAGAGGCUGAAGCAGCACGGGGGGCGGAGGCGGUCGAGGGCGAUGAGCGGGAAGAGGGGACAACUGUGGGCGGGGAGGGGGUUGGCAUGGACGUGGAUGAGAGCGAACAGGCUUCCGUGGAUCCUACCCGGCCUCGGACCAAGAAGUCUCGUCGGCUUUGCCACCGCCGCAGCAACAACCGCGGGAGCCUUCACGGCUGGCGCGGCCGUGGUUGGCGUGGUCGCUGCGGCAGGGGUCGCCGGCACAGAAGAGAUGAAGAAAAAGCAGCGGCGGAAGCCAGGGUGGCGACCAGGCAGAAGCAGCUGGAGGAAGAGGAACGGAAGGAGAAGGAGGCUGUAGCUGCUGCCCCUACCGCCGCUGAUGUUGAAGCCAUCGCUGCGGCUGUGUCGAGGGGAGUGGCGAAAACGGUCGAGGAAAGCAGCGAGGAAAAUGACGAUCGACCGUGCAUGGCGUGUGGAAGCGACGGGCUCGAAAAGAUGGUGCUUUGUGAUAACGAGCUUGGCGGUGGCCGGUAUUGUGACAAAGCCUACAUGUAUCACUUUGCAUAUGUCGGCCUCGACGAGGAACCAGAUGGCAAGAGGUCUUGUGUGGGGGAAAACGGCGAGGAGGGGGGGGAGGAGGAGGAGGAGGAGGAGGAGGAGGAGGAGGAGGACGAGGAGGAGGAGAGCAGAGAGGAUAAGGGCGCGGACAAGGCUGAUAUCAAAGGGGAGCAGAUUGUGAUCACCUAUUACGAGAGUUACAAGACGGUGGCUGCCCAAAAGAAGAAAUUACGACGGACAUCGAAAACUGCGAUCCGCAAUAUGGGAAUGGAAGGAAACACGACCGAGGUAGACUCGAUGCCACCGUCGAACCGAAGGAGCGGAGACAGCAGCUGUAUAUGGCGCACAGCAUCUUAG